AUGGGAGGCAAAGGUGUAGAAGUGUUUGAAGCUUUUGCAGCUUUGGCAGCAGCCUCAGCAGCCUUAGUUGCUUCUGCAGCUUUCGCUGCUUCUGCGGCUCUUGCUGCCUCUGCCGCUCACAACCUGUGCCUGCUACGAGAUCUUGAAUGCCUAGAUGAAUAUGGGCUUCUGCUUCGGGAUUUGCCAGACCGUCUGAUACUGAUGAGUAACCGAAAGGCAAGCAGCAGAAGAAAGCAAAGAGGUUAUUGUCUCAUCAAAGAGCCUUACCUCUUACAGCAGGCGUCCCCAAACUACGGCCCGCGGGCCCAAUGCGGCCCCCUCAGGCCAUUUAUCCGGCCCCCCGCCACACUUCAGGAAGGGGAACCUCUUUCAUUGGUGGUCACGCAGCCAAAGCACACGCGGGCAGGACGGCGGGACUCACCUGAGCACAGGGCUGUAGGGGCUGCGAGAGCGGCGCCAGCUGCUGCUGCUGUAGGGACUGGGGGACACGUCGCCGCCCCGCUCAUAGGAGCUGUGGCGGCUGUAGCUGGGGGAGCGGCGGCGGCUGUAGGGGCUCGGGGAGCGCGGCAGCCGCCGGGAAUAGGGGCUGCUGCCACCUCCUGCUGGGCUGGGGGACUUGCGGCUCCUCAGGCUCUGAGAGGCCCUGUGGGACACCGGGCUGUCGUCCCGGCCUCCCAGCGGGCUCAGAGACCGCCGCCGCCUGUAGGCCUUGGGCUCGGUCUUGUCCUCCCGGUAGGCCUUGGGCGGCUCCUUGUAGGCCGAAGGCGGCUCCUUGGACGACUUAGUCCGGCUGCGGCCUCGCUGCCGCCGCGCUGCCCAUCCCGCCGCCGGUGCUCGCGGUGGCGCUCCUUGCUCCGACCGCUGCUGCUGCGGCGGUCCCGGCGGGGCCUGCGCUCUGACCCCUCCCCGCGCCUCUGGGUGCCAGAGGAGGAGGCCGGACUCCCGCCGCUGCCCCCCGUUCCCCCGCGGGGUCACACCCCCGCCGCUACUAGCACCGCCACCGCCGUCCUGCUGCGGCUGGGGCAGCGAGAAGACCCGACGCUUCUCCGCCUCCUGCCCGGCGCGGGCAAGAGGAGGAGGCCGCGGCGGCGGCGGCUGCGGCGGCGGCCGUGCCGGGAGCAGCCAGGAAGAGCAGAGGCGGCGGGGGCGGCGGCGGUUGCAGGAGCUGCGGCUGCAGGAGCGGCAACAGCAGUGGCGGCUGCUGAGGGGACAGGAAUCGCCUCCGCUUGCGGCGUUCCUCCAACUUCUUCUCCGCCCAGCUCAGACCCCCGCCUCCCCCCAGCGCCGUGUCCGAGCUGCUCGGCAUCGCCUAGAGCCCGCCGCAGAGCGCGGCGCGGGUGCGGCCUCCUCCCGGGUCAGACCCUGGCCAUCUCCCCUGCCGGAAACGGGAGCGGCGGCGGAGGGACACCGAGCACCAGGGCCGGCCGGGAGACGCGCCACGAUAAUCCGGGUCGGGACUCGAGUCCCUGGAUUCCAGGUCACAGUGGGGUACGCAGCGGCCUCCGGGCCUCGGGGAAGCAGGAAUCCGGGCGGCGGAGCUCCCGAUCGCGCUCGUCGUCCUAUUCGCGGCAACGAAAACACCAGAUGCGCCGAGCGCUGACCCGCGGGGCAGUCCCGAGUCCUCCAAGUGCCCCCGGGGGUGGGGGAGCGGCCUCGGCCGCGCUCUCGGCUCGGGCAGCGCAACGCGGAAGUACCACCUUCGUCGCCGCUUCACUCCAUCGCGCCCUGACGUUGGGUGCGAGUUCAGGGGAGGGGAGUGGGCGAGACAACAGCACGCCUCCACCGCCGCCUCCUCGGCGUCGACGUCGUCCUCCUGUGGUGGCGGCGACACACCGCAGACGCCUCGGAAGUGGCCUGGGCCUGACAACAACUCCCGGCCUGGGACCUCGCGCACUCUGCGGCCCGCGGGGCUGGGCGGCGGGGCGGGGCGAGGCGGGGGCGACCGGGCUGCGGCUCACGGUUGGGGCAGCGAGUGUGCGGGGCUGGGCGGGGGGCUAUUUCCGGGGAGAUGGGGGCGGGGGCGUUUCUGAGUCUGUGGCGGUGGGUACCGGCCCUGACUUUCUUCUUCCUUCGCCCCCGCCGUCGCGAGCAGAGCUGGCGGAGCUACCCCUUUCCUCCGCUCCCCCCCUCCACGAGGAGGCUCCUGGCGUGCGCGGCCGGCCCGUGCUCGCUCCUCCCCUUCCCUCUUCUCUCCUCGUCAGUAGGAGGGAGAGCAACGGGGCUAGCUGGUUGGGCCCUAACCUCCACAACCCCUCCUUCUCCCCUCGCUGGUUCGGCUUUUCCCUUCAGCCCCGACGCACGACCGGGAGCGCGCACGCACGUCACGCUCAGCGAAAGCCCAAGAUGAGUGGUGGCGAGGCAAGAGAGGCGGGAACAAAGUUGCCGCGCAGUGGCGUGCUCGCUCCCGCCAGGGACCGGCCGGCCGCACCGGAAGUGGCAAGAAGUAGCUGCCGCUCGACUUCCGGCGAGGGUGGGCCUCGGUAUGAAGAGGGGUUAAAGAAAGAAGAGGUUCCGUGCGCCGCCCACUGCUGUUGCUUGAGACUCUCUCCGUGGCGGCGCGCGGGUCGUGCCUGUUGCUUGCGUCCAGCGCGCAGUGCCGUCCUGGCUCUCUGCAGACGCCGCACUGCCUGCCUGCUGAGCGAAAGGUCACAGUGAGAGCAAGUAUAUCCGGAGACUGUGAGGGAAAUAAUGCUGUUGGUGGCCUUCUGGGCUGGGCGGUCACCCCGUCGUCUACCUUCAGUCAAGCCUGGGCAGUGGAACGGCUGCGAAAGAAGAGAAGACACCCCGCAAAACAGGGCGGAGAUGGCGUUGAUUUAACUUGUCUCACGUACACCAAAGUUCGAGGCCCCUUCUUUUUUUUUUUUGAGACGCAGUUUCGCUCUUGUUACCCAGGCUGGAGUGCAAUCUCAGCCCACCGCAACCUCCGUGAGGCCCCCGUCUCAUCCUAAAAAACGCACUUGGGAAUCAUAGCUCAAGCUUCGGUCAUAUUAUACCACUCUUAAAGUGUGAUCUUGGCUAGGCACAGUGGCUCAUGCAGG